AUGAAACACUCGGUGAAAAUAAACCUUGUUUGUUUGUUUGUAAUGAACACUUUGCUCGAAGACAUACGAAGUGCCCUGGGCCGGGGAGAUGGGAUUAAGGCACUUCUCCUGGACGAGUUCACGCGAGACUCCAUAAGCCCAAUCAUCUCGCAUGCCGAGCUACUGUCAUACGACUUUUUUCUUUUUGAAACAAUAUCCAGCACGCGGCAGCCCAUCGAUGUUUCGUGUGUGGCAAUUCUGAGCAAGUCCAGCCUGCCCAGCCUGGUCAGAGAGGUUGAGCAGCAGACAUACAAAGAGUAUUUUGUAUUCAUAACGGACGAGCUCUCUGACGCCGACAUAGAAAUGAUAGCAAAAAAAGACACAAACGGCGCCAUCAAAGAGCUCCAGGAGCUGUACUUUUCCGGGACUCCCAUGGACACGCGGUUUGUUAUUUUAAAUGGGAAAACCAGUCAGGAGAUGGCGCACUCGCUUUCCUGUCUGCUGAAGGGGCUUGAAAUAGUUCCCGGCAUCCGGUACCAGUUUGGGUCAGAGGUGUGCUACAAAACAGCAGAGUCUGUUGAGAGCAGGUUUGCGCCUACAGCGCCCCCGAACGCAGACCUUGUGAUUGUGGACAGGGCGGUUGACCUGCUCACCCCAAUCCAGUACCCGUGGACAUACCAAAGCAUGGCGGCAGAGUACCUGGAGUACAAAGCCGGCGUGAUUUCUUGGGGAAGCAACAGCCUAUGCAUAUCCAAGGAAGACAUGUUUUUUGAAGAGUGCAAGUUUCGGGACAUUGUGUAUGCAGCAGAGGCUCUCAAAAAGACGCUCAAAGAGGUCCGCGCGUCCAGAGAAGUAAUUGGGGAGUUUGUUGCAAACGUGCGAGAGCGUGCAAAAGAAAGCUCCCGGCUAACCAUGCAUCUGAAUGCAAUUGGGGAAAUAUCGAGCGCCUGCUUAGAAAACGACGCUGUCUCGGAGGCCAUGGCCGACCUGAUAGAAGGGGCGCAGGCAGACCUGCUUGAGUCAGUCCGCGACGCGAACGAGCAGCAGAAGCUGCGCCUGGCCUUAGUGGAGUACAUAUGCGAGCACGUGCUUCCGCAGAAAACGGUGUUCAACGCGUUUUGGAAAAACAAAGCCCCGAAGUGGACGCUCUACGAGGGGUACAAAAAAGAGGUGGCGGCCUUUGCCCAAAAGUACGUCAAAAACAUACUGGGGAUCCGGCGGCCUUCCUACCAGAAAAAUAUUAACAGAAAGCUCGGGUACAUUCCCGAGGUCGUGAAAAUAGCGAGCGAGCUGAAAAGCGGAAAGCUCAGCGACAAGAACUAUCCAACCAUUAAGAAGGGCACGCAUGACAAAAGGCUUGUGAUUAUUUUCAUCGCGGGGGGCGCCACCUUUAUUGAGUACAGGGCUCUUAUGCUUCUAUUUUCCGAGCAGUACAAAAAAGACGAAAUCCUUCUGGUAAGCACCCACAUUCUUACGGGCCGCCAGAUUUUGUCCGACAUCUCCGGGCCGUAUGGCGCAUGCAAUAAUCCGUGA